AGUACACUCCGGCGCGCCCUACCCUCUGCCUUUCUACAGCGACGGCGUGAGUUCGUAACGCAUCCUUCCCAUCACUCAGAGAGAGAGAAAGAGAGAGAGAGAGCAACCGCACGGAGCGGCUGAGAUGAAGGCGGAGAAGGCAGCGGUGGCCGUCGGCGGCGUCGGCGACGAGUGGCGGUGCCGGAAGCACCCCGCGGCGAGAUCCGGCGGCGGGGUGUGCCCGUACUGCCUCCGAGACCGGCUGCUCCGCCUCUGCCCCAACUGCGCGCGCGUGCGCCCCUGCCCCUGCACGUGCGCCGGCUCCCCUUCCUCCUCGUCCUCGGCUGCGUCCGGCGAGACCGUCGGCCGGGUCCACAGCCUCAUCGAGCGGGAGCACCGAAUGGCCCGGUCGCGGUCCGUCGCUGCGUCGUCCUCCGCCGCGAUGGCCUCCGUCGCCGCAUCCGGCGUCGGCGGGAGGCGGAAGGCGAGGAUUUGGGGGUGGACGCCCUUCUGGAAGUCCGCGGCCAAGGAAGGGGAGGAGGACGAGGAGGAGAAGCUGGGGCUGGCGAGGUCGAGCUCUGUGUCCGCGACGGCCGUGGAGGCGAAGACGGUAGCAGCGAAAGCCGCGGCGGCGAAGGCACGGUGGGGCGGCUGGCACUUCCCGAGCCCAAUGAAGGCGUUCAGGCACCGGAGAUCGUCGGCGAGCAUGCCGGAGCGGGGGUGAGAUUCCUCGAGUACCAGUAGUGGGGGGUGGGUUGCUUUAGGAGGUGACUAAGUAUAAAUUGUUUAACUAAAAUGGGGCAUUAGGGGAGGAUUUUCUCUUGUUCUUUUUCGCUUUUUUUGACUCGCGUGCUAAUGCUAUGAUGAUUAAACUAAAUCACACUCCAAAGCCUGCGAUCUGGGCGUAAUGCGCGAGCAAAACACCUUUGGUGGUGGUGGUGGGCUCUGCACACGUUUUGCUUUGCCCCUUCGUGGUGUGUUUCUACUGUUUGUACCAUCAAAUUGGACAUUUUAAGCUCCCGGUUUGAUCUGCACGACUUUCUGGUA